AAAGAAAGCACAAUCUAACGAAGAGGCCAAAACUGUCUUCGCCUUAUCUUCCUCAAAAUCAAAAAUCAGAGCUGUACAGAUCAUUAGCAUCAACCAGAACCUCCCACCACCACUGUUUCCACCUUUCUAUGUUCCUCAAAAACAUAUCCAAAUUCUUUUGUUUUCAUUUUUUUGGGUCCUUGUUCCUCUCUAGCAUCACUUCCAGCUCACCCGCUUAGAUCGGAUCUAUUCUCUGCCAUCCCUUCUCUUUAGUUUCAUCUGACGCCACUUGGUUUGCCUUUCCAUCAUCCCCAGUAAAAGAAAACAAACUCACAAAAACCGAAAAAAAAGAAAAAAAAAGAAAAAAAACGAAAAAAAAACGAAAACAAAUUUUUUGAUUACUUUUCCAGAAAACCCAAGAGAAAAUUUCAACCCCAUAUGCUUAAACCAUCACGGGGCUCUGUGUAUUCCUGACCUCCAUUUCUGAAGUGGGUCGGUGUUAAAUGGGCAAUGUGACUGCGGGCGUGGCUGCCAAGUUCGCCUUCUUUCCACCGGACCCGCCGACGUAUGAUAUUUACAGAGACGAGGAUGGGAGGCUGGUGUUCCCUGGGGUCACAGCGGAUAAGAACGCCGACGUGCAUUUGCUGGACACCAAAGGCGGGAACAAGAUCGUUGCCAUGUUCUGGAGGCACCCUUUUGCGAGGUUCACGGUGCUGUACUCGCAUGGCAACGCUGCUGACCUGGGUCAGAUGCACGAACUCUUCAUCGAGCUCAGGGCUCACCUGCGUGUCAAUAUUAUGAGCUAUGAUUAUUCAGGAUAUGGAGCAUCGACUGGCAAGCCUUCUGAGUUCAACACAUAUUACGACAUAGAUGCUGUGUACAAUUGUUUGAAGAGCGACUAUGGAAUUAGGCAAGAGGAAUUGAUUUUAUAUGGCCAAUCUGUGGGAAGUGGACCCACAGUGCACUUGGCUUCUCGGUUACAGAAGUUGAGAGGUGUUGUUCUUCAUAGCGCCAUUCUUUCAGGCAUACGGGUCUUGUACCCUGUCAAGAUGACAUUUUGGUUCGACAUUUUUAAAAAUAUAGACAAAAUACGGCAUGUCAGCUGUCCGGUUUUAGUUAUACAUGGAACAAAUGAUGACAUUGUUGAUUGGUCCCAUGGAAAGCGUUUAUGGGAACUUUCCAAGGAAAAAUAUGAUCCCUUAUGGGUCAAGGGCGGGGGCCAUUGCAACCUUGAAACUUAUCCCGAGUACAUUAAGCACUUGCGCAAGUUCGUAAACGCAAUGGAGAAACUCGCGCUCACAAGACAGACGAAAGAACUCACUUCUAACUCAAGUAUUACACAAGUCAAACACAACAAGUGCUUGAGAUUUGGAAGAUGAUAGCUGGUUCUUUCUCCUCAUUUGAUUAUUAUGGAAUCACAACAUAUAUGUUCCUUUGCAUGGUUGGCCUUUCUCCAAGAAUAGCUAUCGUGUUUGGCGGCUAAGCUGUUUCGCCUGGUAUGUUUCUUAAGAUCACAAAAUGAUAGGAAUCACAUGUAGUCUGUUUGAACCAGAUCCUGUUCAGAUCACCAUUUUUGAGGUAGGAAUCUACUGCAGUUAUUUUAUGGUUGAUGUGAAAAAAAGUUUAUCGUGGCAGCUAAUGCAAGAGAAUGUGCUUCUUGAUCUGGAUUUCAUGUAUAAUUAAUUUACAAAGUUGAGCUUUAUGUAAAGACUAUCAUCAGUUUGAGAAAAGAAAUACAUGGGUUUGUUUCAUUUA